AUGAACCGCACAAUCCCCCAAACGAUUCUUUCCCUACUUCCAACCCUUAAUUCCGCCGAGCUCCCGCCCCAGCUCAUAGAUCUUGCUGGCUCCCUGCUCUCGCAGUCGCGGCACCUCCUCAGCUCGCUCAAGGCCGAUGAGGAGAUCGCCAGAACCUAUGCUUGUUCUCAUAUAGCAUGUGAUAGACUCAAAACCUCACUCAACCUUCCACCUAUUGAGCCCCGCCCACCGAUCCCGCCCCGUGUUUAUAAGCGGCUAUAUACACAUCUCGAUAACAUAUUGCCUAACAUAUCAACCCCAAACCCGAGAUCUGGAGCAAGGGGCAAAAAUGGCGCGGUAGCGACUCCCAGUAGUGUCAGAUUCCGGGAUGCAUUGGCCGAGUCGCCGUCAUCGGGUCGCCGCGGCGCCAGGGGAGAGCGUCCAACUCCCAGUAAAGAACAAACACUUGCACAGUUCAGGUCUUCCGGCACCAGGGGCAAAGUCUCCGCGAGAAACUCGGCAAAUGACCGACAUGGAAGCUUAGCGAACGCGUCAAGAAGCGCACAUCAUCCACCAUGGCUACGCCCAACAGCCCGUUUCGUAUGUGCUGAUCUCCAAGAGACGCGUGUGCUUCCUUUUGUCAUGGCAGGUCUUGAUGCGAUCGUCUCGCCGCACGGCAAACCCACAGAUGACGAAUGGGUGCUACAAAAUAUGACGGCGCUUCUGGCGGCUAUUGUGUUUUACUCCACGCGCGCAGCAGCAACCAACGCAGCAAAUUCUGUUGGUAACGCUCAGGCGACUGCCGCCGGAAAUUUGAGCAAUGAGCAAUAUAAGAUUAUCGAGAAACGUCUUCUGGAUGCCAUGGCAAGAGCUCGCCAAGAGGUUGUCGUGGCUGGCGGUCAUGGUGGGGAGAACGACGCCAAUGGAAACAGCAAAAAUGAUGCCUGGGCUCAAUGGUCCGAGCUAAAGCCUAGAGGGCUCAAGCAAGCAUUAAUGGUGGUCAACGACCGCAAGUGGCUUGAGGAUGACUGGUUCCGCGGCAUAGACGAUUUAGCAGAUGCCCAGGUUGUGGUCGACAGUCACAGUACAGACAACGCUGCCAACGAUGGCGUUCAGCUUCACAAGGCUGACACAAUGCUACAAGAGAGACACGACUAUCUUAGCGAGAGAAGACGACGGGACUAUCGCAUCUGGAAAGCUCAGAUUCUAAAAAAGAUCUCUGCCCUAGAGCACACAUCCAGUAUUCCUAUGGAGGUUGAUUCAUAA